GCUGGAGAAGGCUGGAUUUAUGACCUAUACUGCAGCCCGUCACCAGAGGGUGCUGUUCUCAGGGUGGCUUCACCCAGCGAGGAGGCAGACGGCGUCCAUUCUCUACAGUCUAUGGUGGGCACACAGAAAAUUUGAUGGACUCUCCUGACCCUAAACUCAAACCUUAUCAGGAUCUGAUACAUAUUUUGUUAACUGAAAUGGGACGUUACAACUCUUUGCUUAAAUGUAGACCCAUUUAGCCACAUAAGUCAGGACUCUGAUAGACCGUUUUCCUGCAGCAGCCAUCUUCUUAGGACGUCAUGCCUAGGGUGAAAAACUCACAUAGCAACAAAAAUGUUAUAGAGAUAAUCAGGAAAGGGACUUAGUUGUAUGUUAAGAUUCAUAUUUGAUAGCCCAUUAGGUAACAUCAGAACAGCUACAGUUAGCAUUAAGCUACUUUCUAGUAAGAAAUUGCAAUCAAAAUCACUCACACAGAGGAGAAAGAGGAGCGUAAAAUGAUAAUUUGAUAGAGAAAUACUUUUAAAGCUCUAAUGCUUACGUAGGUUUCUAUUUUUAAAUCACAUUAGCUAACAAUGCCAUGUGUUCAGCAUUGAACAAGGGUUUUACUUCCAACAUCAGGGAAAGCGCUUCAAAAACAGUUGUCUAUGAAAGGAUGAUUUUGCUUGUGCGUCAUAUCUAGCUUUAACUCUUUGUGCUACUUGCCAAAGAAAGGCUGGUAAUGCAGAGACUGAGGUAGUGAGGAAGAACCCUGGGCUCUGGAGAGUCUUUUCUCCCAGCAGACAUUUUGCAAGGACAACAAAACAUGUUGUGAAGGAGCUGUGUCCCACCCACCCUCUAUAAACAUGUCUCCUCUAUCAGGCACAUUUGAAGAUGGAGUUGAAUGGCUUGUCCACUGAGCAUGGGUUUAAAGAGGGCUUUGACCUCUCUGCUGUUUGUGUGUUAUUAGGUCCUUUUUCAGGGGUCUCCACAUUAAGGCUGGAGACAGCUGGAUGCUACAGCAGUAUGAACCUCCAUAGCAUCUCUGCACCAACAUCAGUACUUUUAUUUUAUCAUUCUCUACAGCUGCUUUCUGUGCGUUUUUGCUUUGUACCUUGUGCAUUUUAAGUGUGUUUGCAGUUCAUGCUGCUGAUUGGAUUUUUGCAGCAUAUUUUUGUGUGUAAAAUGUACUCAUUUUUACUGGUCUUAUGAUAGAUGAUGAUUACUCUACAUUUAGACAGUGACAGCUUUCAUUAAAUGUUAAGUUUGAUAAAUUGGCCGUUUACCCAAAACAAAAUUCAGGUUCCCCAUUUUCUUUGUCACACUCUUUAAAGUUUAUCCUCUGACUACUUUCAUCAGCCCAUAAUAUUGGAUGUACCCAUGUAGAAAGGAGACAUUAAUACUCCUUUCAACAGCUGCCAUUUGCAAUAAUUAGCUCCACUGCUUUUAAGCGAACACAACAGCUUCACAAAAUGGACGCUGCCUGGCACACCAGCCGUGAAGUGAUGUAUUACUGUACGUUAAACUUGUUUUUAUUCUCCUCCACACCCCAUAAAUGGACUAAAGAAGGGAGGGUGAUAAAUCAGAUAAAGAACACAGGAUGGGAGAGGAGGGUAGAGGAAAAAUGAUCAUGACAGGAUGGAGUCAGAGAAAAGGGAAACAAGCAGCAGAGGAGAAAUAGAUAAACACAUUUGUUGGGAUCAGGGAGAGCACAAAAAAGGUUCAGUGACAUGUACAAUCAUGGACACAAUGUCAACGCAGGAUAAAAAUCCAUUUGUAAAGAACUGGAAAGAUGCAUGAAUGAGGUUUGAAAAAUUCCUGGAUUUGAAAACCAAAUGAUGCGUAAGUUGUUUUUGUGAGUAAGAGCAGCUCUCUUGCUGGAAAUGUAUUUUGUAUGAGUUACAACACACUGAGGGAGCCUGUCGGUGAGUCGGCCCAUAGUGCACACUUUUUCAUUUUACAAAUGCCCCCUGCAAGAUGUAAAAACACAACAGGAAAAACAAAAAAAAAUGUUCUUUUGUCGCAUGCUAAACUCAACAACACAGAUGACUAAGAAAGUACUAGAGUCAUUGUGGAUUAUUUAAGGCCAUUUUUAGCCAAUUAACUAAUGGCAUUGUGUGUCUGACUUAUGUCUCAUCUGUUAAAAUGGAGAAGUUAUUAGGGAGAGCUCCAAGUGUUUACUUUUGGAGAGCUAUUUUGUUGUCCAUCCUUUUAUACCCUGUAGUUGUAGCAGACAAAGGCUCCACAAAUAAAUCACACAUUUGAAAGUGAUAAACAAUUCUUUUUCUUUAUUUUUACCAAAUGUGAGUGUUGGUAGUGAUUUUAUUAUGCUGGAUGGCACCAAACAUCUUUUGCUGGAGGAAAGAGAAUUUCUAGAUGCUCAGAUGGACACCAACACUACAUCUGACACACUCAGUGGCUGCACUGUGCAGACACAUGGACAUAUUGUAAAGAGACACUUCAUCCUACCCUCGUGUGGAUACUGUCCCUGGAUGAUCUGUUUUCUAAAUGAAAACUUGAAUCAUAAGUGUAAAUGGUAGCAUGAAAGUAAACAUUGUGUGCGUGAUGAUGAGUAUUCAGUAAUGUUUCAAGAGGGUUGUUAUUUAAAAAGGCUGAACUAUGAAUGUGUGUAAUGUCCAGACACCGGACGCUAAACUCCACUCCGCUUUAUUUUAUCUCUUAUUCCCUUCUCUUUGUUUUGUCCGCUCUUCUAUCCUCUGUCUUUUAGUCAUAUACGUCCUGCCCUUCUCUCCCUUUUUCUAUCCCCUUAUCCUUAGUGUCCUCUUAAAUUUAAAUGAGACCUUUACAAAAAGUCAGAGUGGAAAAAAAGAAAAUUGUGUAAGAGGGAGAUGGUGCACUGAAAUUCAGCACGCAAUCACCUACAUAUAUGUGUGUUUCCUUCCCUGUUCCAGAGUGCUGAUGUGUGUUGUCUGUGGGUGAGAGCACAUUGAAAUAUUAACUGCUCUCAGAGGAAUGUGAAGUGUGCAAACAGGACUGUGCAUCCAUGGAUAAAGAGAGAGACAGUCAGACAGAAGCUGAAGGAAAAAGAGAGGAAGAGAGGCCCAGUCUCAGCAGCAGAGCUCAGCACAGCACAGACUGACAGAAGCGAUCAAAAUCAACACAUGCAGGUAAAACAGGAAAGUGCAGGAGGAUGGGAAGCAUGAAGGGAAGAAAUCCAGUGCCAAAAUGACAGAUAGUGGUUUUCACUGUACAGUGUUAAAAGUUGAGCAGCUAUAACCACUACAUCUUUCAAACAACUUAAACCUAAUAAAAGUAUGCUGUUUAUAUGUGAGUGCACAUAAUACAGUACAAAUCAUGUAGAAUUUGCAACAACCAUCAAACAAACAAAUAAAACACUACAGUAAAUUUCUCAGCUCUUGAAAUGGCUGUCAUUCUGAAACAUCACAGUGGGAAAAAUUAUGACAUGAGGAGAGGGAGAAACAUUUUUAUGAUACAAACAUGAACAUUAAUCAUGGGCUACAUUCCUGUCACAUAAUGACGCAUUUCAUUUAGCUACAGCAGUAUUACAGAUAAAACUCAGGAGCCUAGCAGAGCACAAGCCCUUGUCCCAGUUAACAAGGAACAUUGCUCACACUAUAUAAAAUCCCAAAUCCCCUCGCCUCACAUUUUAUCAAGUAAAAAAAGUCAACAUCACGCCACCAGCAAGGCCACUGUUCCAUUUAGCUAAAUAAAAAGGCUGAAAGCCCUUGGCCUAUUUUUCAAUGUUUAGCGCAGCCAUAAAGAGUUUGUACCUAUUACUUUCAUUCCCAAGGACCUCUAGCAUGUCCCAGGGUCCCUGGGAGGAUUAGUUUAAUCUCACUUUCACCCGCUUAAAGAUAGGCUUUUUAAAAAUUGCUAAGUAAUUUAGAGGUUUCAACUCUCCAUGCACUAAAUGCAAAAACCGUUUGAUGAAGAGUUUCACGGCCUGCAUCUCAGACAAAACUCAACCUCCCUAUUUUCACAGCAGCUGACUUCCCCAUCCUUGCCGCUAGGGGGAGAUCUAGAUUUAGUGCUGAGGUCCAUCCUGCUGCUGUGUUGUCUUGGAUAGUAUCUCGAGUGCAUCACAUGACAGUGAGCAACCAGGGAGGAAGAGAGAGAGACCGGCUGGAGAAAACAUCACAGAGGUAUAUACUAAAUAUUACGACUUGCUGGUGUUGAAAGUUCAAUAGUCACUGAUUUUAUGGCUCAUGUUUUGAAUUGUUUACUUGUAAUAAAACUAACAGGUCGUAGUAGCCUAAAUUUGAGGAUGUUAAUUUUUGUUUAAACUAACGCAAUACUUUUAUCAGCCUAUUUAUUUACUAAAAUUCAAACAUGUGGGGGAAAAAAGACAGAAAGGAGUUGGUGAUUCACACCAUCUGUACCGAACUUGUAAAGUUAGGGAUCCAAAUGUGUUCACUUUACUCCCUCCUAAUCCUAGGAAAAGAGGUUUUCUGUUUAAAAAACAAAAAAAACAAAAAAAACUAUAUAUAUAUAUAUAUAUAUAUAUAUAUAUAUAUAUGUUUAUGUACAUCUUUUUAUUCAGUUUAGUUUAACUGAGUACCCUCUUAUUUUAAAGCCCACUGUAAACUGCAAUGAGCAGGCUAGCUUAAAGAUAGUAUAUAAGGAGGGGGUGGGGUUCCCUGAAAGUGAAACCGAAACAAGUAGAGCUCCCCUGGGUGGUUUCUCUAGUGCAGUGGUUCUUAAGUCCAGUCCUCGAGGCCUACAGUCCUGCAUGUUUUGGAAGUUUCCCUGCUCCAACACACCUGAUUCAAAUAAUCAGCUCGUUAUCAAGCUCUGUAAUGGCUUAAUAACGAGCUAAACAUUUGAAUUAUUAAAUUAUAAUGUGUCAUUUAUUAUUUCUUAUGCAUGCUUGUCAUCAUAAUAGUUUUUAUCUGAUGUAUAAAAAGUUUUAGUUUUUGGGGGUAGUUCAUCUUUUAUUAUUUAAUGAUACAAAACCCAAUUCCACUGAAGUUGGGAAAUUGUGAUAAUCGUAAAUAAAAACAGAAUACAAUGAUUUGCAAAUCCUUUUCAACGUAUAUUCAAUUGAAUAUACUACAAAGACAAGAUAUUUAAUGUUCGAACUCAUAAACUUUUUCUUUCUUUUUUUUUUGCAAAUAAUAAUUAACUCAGAAUUUCAUGGCUGCAACACGUGCCAAAGUAGUUGGAAAAGGUGGCAAAAAAUACUGAGAAAUUUGAGGAAUGCUCAUCAAACACCUAUUUGGAACAUCUCACAGGUGAGCAGGCUAAUCGGGAACAGGUGGGUGCCAUGAUUGGGUACAAAAGCAGCUUCCCCAAAAAUUCUUAGUCAUUUACAAGCAAGGAUGGGGCAAGGUUCACCACUUUGUGAACAACUGCGAGAGCAAAUAGUCGAACAGUUUAAGAACAAUGUUUCUUAAAGUACAAUUGCAAGGAAUUUAGGGAUUUCAACAUCUACGGUCCAUAAUAUCAUCAAAUGGUUCAGAGAAUCUGGAGAAAUCACUGCACGUAAGCGGCACGGCCGGAAACCAACAUUGAAUGCCUGUGACCUUUGAUCCCUCAGGCAGCACUGUAUCAAAAACCAACAUCAAUGUGUAAAGGAUAUCACCACAUGGGCUAAGGAACACUUCAAAAAACCACAGUCAGUAAAUAGUUCGUCGCUACAUCUGUAAGUGCAAGUUAAAACUCUACUAUGCAAAGCCAUUUAUCAACAACAUCCAGAAAUGCCGCCGGCUUCUCUGGGCCCGAGCUCAUCUGAAAUGGACUGAUGCAAAGUGGAAAAGUGUUCUGUGGUCUGAUGAGUCCACAUUUCAAAUUGUUUUUGGAAAUAGUGGACGUCGUGUCCUCCAGGCCAAAGAGGAAAAGAACCAUCCAGACUCUUAUUGACAUGAAGUUCAGACAACAACGGGGACCCCGGACUGUUGAACAACUGAAGCUGUACAUCAAGCAAGAAUGGGAAAGAAUUUCACCUUCAAAACUUCAACAAAUAGUCUCCUCAGUUCCCAAACGUUUAUUGAGUGUUGUUAAAAGGAAAGGUGAUGUAACACAGUGGUAAACAUGCCCCUGUCCCAACUACUUUGGCACGUGUUGCAGCCAUGAAAUUCUGAGUUAAUUAUUAGCAAAAAAAAAAUAAAGUUUAUGAGUUUGAACAUUAAAUACCUUGUCUUUGUAGUGUGUUCAAUUGAAUAUAAGUUGAAAAGGAUUUGCAAAUCAUUGUAUUCUGUUUUUACUUACAUUUAUCACAAUUUCCCAACUUUAAUGGAAUUGGAGAUGGAAUUAUUCCAACAACGCAACACUAGCUCAGUUUUGCAGUGCCUUCCAGGAUGUUACUUUGGCUCCAGUUUUUUUACAGUUGGAGAAGGUGGAGGCAUGUGGUUAAUAUUUAUGAGAUACAAGAUGCUGGAUUGAGGGCUUUAUACCAAUUGAAUACAAAGCUGUUGUACACCUUUAUGUGACAUGAAUUUUAUUUUUUCCGACUGUUUUGUCUGAAGUUUAGAAUUUGACAAUUUUCUUUCCUUCUUUAGAUGCUGCCAUGAUUUAUAACAAUAAAGGUAUUAGAUACUGACACACAUCUGGACAUCAUGGGGCAGCUGUUUUCAUCACAGGAAGAGCUCUCCCAGGUGGAGAAAGUGAUUGGUUCUCUCAUCUACAAUGCCAUGUUGAAAGACAGCGCUGUGCCUGAGCUCAAGGUUGUCCAUCCUCUCCUCUUAGCCAAUCAGGCCGAGAGCCCUGAGUCCAGAGCUUACCUCCAAAAACAACUUCAAGAGGUGAGUGAAACAAAACACAGAGGAGACAAGGGCUGUUCAUUCGAGGAGACAAAUGAAAUUAAUUAUUCAAUCCCUAAGUGCAUCUGGAAAGUAUUCAUACCACUUCACUUUUUCCACAUUUUGUUAUGUUACAGCCUUAUUGCAAAAUGGAUUAAAUUCCUUUUUUCCUCAAAGAUUCUACACAAAAUACCCCAUAAUGACAAAGCGAAAAACUUUUUUUAGAACAUUUUGCAAAUUUAUUAAAAAUAAAUAAUAAUCACAUCUCUUGAAUUUUACGGUGUUGUAUGGAUGUAUUUUUUUUCCAGGAUGUUCCUGAAAAAAAAAAAAAGAAAUGAAUAAAAGGCCUUAUAUUUUCGUGCCCAAAAUAAUUUGCUGUGUCAUAUUGUGCACGAGACUAUGUGACGCAGUUUUUCGAAAACUGUACGGAUCACCUGCGAGUGAAGUGAAGAUAAAAAAACUUACGCUGAAAAUGGCAAAUAGAGCUCGGUUGUUGUCUCUUCUCGCUGUCUUUAAUUGCCAUUGGAGAUGCAAUGCAUGACGGGAUGCCCACCACCAGUAAGUGACCAUCGGAUGGUCACUGCAUUUUGCAAUUCUCUAUGGGAAAUUUUGAGUUGCCUAUAUGGGGCGUUGAAAUUGAUCACUCAGGUUUCGGACACCCCUUAAAAUGGCGCUAACCCCCAUAUAGUUGCCUGUAUAGGGGUUAGGGAUCCAUUUUGGACACAGCCAUAGACUGACAGAACAUCAGGUUGUAUCUUCCAGUUAAAGUGGGCUGUGGGGAUUAAGUGCUGAUUGAUUUCAGCUGUAAAUCCAUUCAGGGGGAGAGGGGGAGAUAAACACGAGUAAAAAGAAAGUUGUUGCCUUGAGACAGUUAACAAAGAGCAAGUGUGCAAAAUGAGGCAGCACUCAGUAAUGGAAGUGUUGUCCUUCUGGGGUUUAUAAAAAGAAUACAAUCAAUACCUGUGCCUGGUGUGACAAUGACAAACUGCAUUUCAUCUUUAAAAAAGCAGGAACAAUUUACUCACCAUGUAUUUUAUUCUAUUGAGACGGAUGGUCAAAAUUAGUGUAGUGUGCCAUUAGCAACUCUAUUGUGUAUUUUUUUUCCACCCAGCUACAAAGCAACAUCGGGAACAAAGCACCCACCUACCUGAGGGAUCUGAUCGGCAAAUUGUCGACCUUCUCAGAUGAGCCACGCAUAGCAGGCCUGGUGGGAUUCGUGGUUACUGUGGUGGUGGAUAUGGCCUAUUCAUCUACAAAACGGUCGUCAGGUGUGAAAGGGAAGUCUGUGGGAUCUUCAAGCCAGGUAAAAACUCUGAUUUAAAACGAUGAAGUGCCACUUACACAGUCUGAGUGCUUUUGAGACUUUCAUUCAAUAUUCAAGCGUACGUUUCCUAUAUCUUCCAUCCAGCUAUACUAAUGAGCAUGCUUAUGAGCAAAGUAAAUCUUGGUCUUGCUCCGUAGACUGUAUAUAAAAUGGACACCGUCUGCCUCCUCUCUAGGUGAAGCCACCCUGAGAACAGCACCCUCUGUUGACGGGCUGCAGUAUAGGUCAUAAAUCCUGCCUCCUCCAGCAAUCCCUAUAGAGCUGUGGACAAAUUUAGAAAUUUAUUACACAGAAUAUAAAUCUUUCUCCCUCUAGUUGCGAUGUUGACAUGUAGUUACUGUAAGACUGGUUUGUGUUCAAAUCCUCUUUUUUCUGUACAGCUCCUUUUUUAAAAGUUAUUGGGGGGGGUCAUGUUUUCUAUGAUUGACACUUAAUACAGCCUAUGGCCAGGGUCCGCAGUAGGCGGACCACCUCUUUGUGGACCCAGAGCAAAAAAAAAAUCAACAACAUGGCACGGCACUCUCUCUGACUGACUGACGUGAGGUUAGACUGGCCGAGUGAGAGAGAGAGAGAGAGAGAGAGAGAGAGAGAGAGAGAGAGAGAGCGCAUGUGACUGUGCGCGUGCUCACGCUUUUAUUAUGGGCUGCCAUUCCCAUGACAAUGAUGCGCUGAUUGGCUGAUAACUACGCAAACUGGCAGUUACACAUCUUCCUCCUUCAGUCUGUCUUCUUUGCACGGCGCAGGCAGCGGUAACGUCUUUGCAGCAGGAGCGUUGCUCACACCCAGCACCCAACAUCAAAAUGGCAAAUCAGAGAAAUGUGGACACUGAAAAUCUCUGAUUCACUGACGAAUGGACCAACAAAUAUAUGAUUAUCUUACCCCCUUCAAGCACAAAGCAAAUGUGUCUUUUGUGCAAAGCACUGUUGCUCUAAUAAAAAGUAAAAACAUAAAAUGAGAAGCGAUUUUGAUAGAGAUUGCCCCCAAAAUCUUAGCAACAAACAGAUAAAAUAAAAAGCUUAUUUUAUUUUAUUGAGUAAUACUAAGUAAGAAAGAAUAUCAGUGUGAUGCUGAAAAUGAAUGUUUUUGUGCCUUCCAAUAACUCCUGAUUAUUACAGUACACUACACCCAGCCUGAAACUACACAAAAACAUAAAAAAAGGUAAAUAAUAAAAGAAAAACGCCAAAAUUUUUCGCCACCACGCAUGCGCUGUGGACCUAUGACUUCCUCAAAAUUUAUUUUCUGGACCUUUUACAUUUCUAAUUGAGAACCCCUGGCCUAUGGUAUGAAGAUUGCGUAGCUCACCUGGGGGCUAGCUGUUUGAGCAGAGCGUCAUCACAGUGACUCUCCUGCCGAAUGCGUACAACGCUACUGUGCAAUGUUGGUUUCAGGAAGUGGAGAAAAUCCUGGAAAUACCGAGAGCUUUUUGGCUUCAAAUCUGCAUAAUGGCAGAAGACAGAACCAAGUUGUCCAUAGUAUAUACAGUCUAUGGUUUGCACUUGCUGAGUGGAUGGAACAUACAAAGUGUACAAGCACAUGUUUUAUUCUGCAGAUCAGUAAAUCAACAUUGUUGCAAAAAUGUCUCUAAACUACACUUUCAUGCUUGAAUUUACCUCCAGCAGAGAGUGUGGGAACUCCAGGAGGUGAUGGAGGAGUACCUGAAGCGCGUUAGAAUCAACUUGAAUGACAAAAGCAAGCUGAUCCAGGAUUCUAUUAGACUAGAGGCUCAGCUCAGCCUCAUCCUCACUCAACUGAAGACCUGCUUGCUGGGGGGAGACUGUGACUCAAGGUCUGAGAAUACAGAGGAGCCUAGUAUCAUUCAUGUGACACAUAAAUGAGUACUUAGAAAUGAAAAUACAUUGUAACUGCAUGAAGGUGAGAAAGCCAAGAGGUUGGUUGGUUGGUUUAUUUCAUGCACUGUCUCUUUAGGUCUCUGAGGCAUUGGGCCAGCGGAGCAGCAUUUCACACCCAGAUGUUGGUUCAUCUGGCCUGCCUUGAGGGUCAGAUUGAACCUUUGUCUGCAAGAGCAGCACUGGAGCAAUACAAGGAAGACCUCACACAGAUCAUACCUGCUUACAGGUAACACAGCCAUCAUGCCAUGUUUGCAGGUUCUUAUCACUUAGCCAGCAAACAUGUCCAUGUAGUGACUGGUGGUUUUAUGAGGCACAUGUUCCAGAUACAGUAUGCAUGCAGAGAUACAUCACUGAUAGGGCCAACAUGAGCCACAAUCAACUGGGUAACUCUCACUCUUGUGAUGUUAAUGGGAUAUUCUGGCGUAAAGUUGAUCACCAAGUUCAGCGGAUGGUUUCCAUGAAGUAAUGAUGAUUUUGCAAUGCAGACAUGGUAGUUUUUCUGCCUCAGUGUCUCAGUCUUAUUGCAUUUCCACUAAGUAAUAAUCAUAAAUGUUUGUCCUUGAGCUGUGAAACUCUGCUGCACUUGGUGAUCGACUCGUCAGGGCUCUCCCACAAACAAGCGGCUGCUGGAGGAGAGUAGGUGAGUUGUGUUUAGUCUCUUUGCUAAAGAAAUCAGGCAAAGCUGAUGGCUAGUUCUAUGGCUGGGACCCUAUUUGUACUAUUGAUGAAGUUAGUUGCUGUUCUGAGCAUUAUUUGUGGCUAUAGAGUGGCUUUUUGGUUGAGGUUUGUUUAUGGCUCCUCAGACCACUGUGUAUUGCUAUUGUGCAGUUGUUACUAAAGUUGGUAUAACUAGAGAAGCAAGCGGUCAGUGACAUUCAUCUUUUAAGGGGAUGUCUGACUCACUGUUACGAUGUGUUUGACCAUAACUUAAAUUAAUGCCAGAAUAUCCCUUAUGUUGCACUUUUUCUUUAUAACUAGUGAUUUCGACCCCUUUCUGGGCAGAAGUUUGCAGCCUUAAAAUACAAGAUACAGUGUCAAGAGCCAGAGAAGUGAGCUGCUUACUGUGAUGCAUAAUGGCAGGAUAUAUCUCAAGUAUAAGUUUUUUUUUUCCCAUGUUGUCAGACAGAAAGUGUGCAGCACAAAAGAUUAAUCCUGAUAAAACUUUCUACUGUGGAGACUAGAGCUGCACAGAGCCUUGUUGUCUCCAAUGAGAUAAGUUCCCCAGUCUGCUCCAAAUAUAACCCCAGAACCCCUGUCAGACGGUGAGAAAUGUCUGCUCUUAAACUUUUGGCUUACAGUAAAAAAGUCAGUCAUGUAACAGCAGAAGCAUUUAAAAGUAAAAUGAAAAACCCUACUGCUACUGUUCUUCAAAUGGGUUUUAAAACCUCUUCAGUUCAAGACAUUGACAUCCGGAAAGUAUUCAUAUCACUUCACUUUUUCCACAUUUUGUUAUGUUACAGCCUUAUUCCGAAAUGGAUUAAAUUCCUUUUUUUCCUCAAAAAUUCUACACCAAAUACCCCAUAAUGACAAAGCGAAAAACUUUUUUAGAACAUUUAGCAAAUUUAUUAAAAAUAAGACACUCAAAUGUUGCAUAUACAUAAGUAUUCACACCCUUUGCUAUAAAACUCAAAAUUGAGCUCAGGUGCAUCCUGUUUCCACUGAUCAGCCUUGAAAUGUUCCUCCAACUUGAUUGCUGUCCACCUGCGGCAAAUUCAGCUGAUUGGACAUGAUUUGGAGAGCCACACCUGUCUAUAUAAGAUCCCACAGCUGACAGAGCACGUCAGAGCACAAACCAAGCCAUGAAGUCGAAAGAAUUGUCUGUAGACCUCUGAAACGGGGUUGUAUCGGCGCACAGAUCUGGGGAAGGUUACAAAAAAAUAUCUGCUGCAUUGAAGAUCCCCAAAAGCACAGUGGUCUCCAUCAUUAAGAAAUAAAAGAUGUUUAGAACCACCAGGACUCUUCAUAGAGCUGGCCGCCCAGCCAAAAUGAACAAGUGGGGGAGAAGGGCCUUGGUCAGGGAGGUGACCAAGAACCCGAUGGUCACUCUGACAGAGCUCCAGCGUUCAUCUGAGGAGACGGGAGAACCCUACAGAAGGACCACCAUCUAUGCAGCACUCCACCAGUCAGGCAUUUAUGGUAGAGUGGCCAGACAGAAGCCACUCCUCAGUAAAAAGCACAUGACAGCCCGCUUGGACUUUGCUAGAAGGCACCUGAAGGACUGGCAGACCAGGAGAAACAAAAUUCUCUGGACUGAUAAAAUGGAGAUAGAACUCUUUGGCCCGAAUGCCAAGUGUCAUGUCUGGAGGAAAUCAGGCACCGCUCACCACCUCGCUAAUACCAUCCCUACAGUGAAGCAUGGUGGUGGCAGCAUCAUGCUGUGGGGAUGUUUUUCAGCGGUAGGAACUGGGAGACUUGUCAGGAUCGAGGGAACAAUGAAUGCAGCUAAGUACAUCGAAAUCCUUGAUGAAAACCUGCUCCAGAGCGCUCAAGACCUUCGACUGGGGUGACGCUUCAUCUUCCAGCAUGACAAUGACCCUAAGCACACGGCCAAGAAGACAAAGGAGUGGCUUCAGGACAAGUCUCUGAAUGUCCCUGAGUGGCCCAGCCAGAGCCCAGACUUGAACCCGAUUGAACAUCUUUGGAAAGACCUGAAAGUAGCUGUGCACCAACGCUGCCCAUCCAACCUCACUGAGCUUGAGAGGAUGUGCAAGUAGGAAUGGUAAAAACUCCCCAAAUCCAGGUGUGUCAAGCUUGUUGCAUCAUACACAAGAAGACUGGAGGCUGUAAUCGCUGCCAAAGGUGCUUCAACCAAGUCUUGAGUAAAGGGUGUGAAUACUUAAUGUAUUGUUUUUUUGUUUAAAAAAAAAGUUUUUCGCUUUGUCAUUAUGGGGUAUUUUGUGUAGAAUUUCUGAGAGAAAAAGGGAAUUUAAUCCAUUUUGGAACUAGAAAAACACUCGGAGAGCGCAGACCUCCGCGAAGCAGCUCAUGUCCCCCCUUAUAUUGUGAUUCACACCAAAACUUUUAGUGUUACAUGUCUUUUAUUAACUUUUAUUUGUGUUUAAACUGGUAUGUUCACUGUUCAUAAUGUUCCUAAUGUUCCUAAAACAAGAAAUGCCCUGACCCGGAUUCGAACCCAUGACCUUCUUGCUCUGAGGCGACAGUGCUAACCACUACAUCACUCUGCCGCCCAUUGGUUAUCUUUCAGCAUUGAAAAUUGCAACGACACCCGUAUUUUUGUGUGUUCUGGAUCACAGUAUCUGGAAUUUUGUCUGGAUCAGGAUCAACCUUUGACACCUCAUAAAACUCAUUGAGAUACUUCUUUACUAAUUACUAAUUAGAUACUAAUUUUUUACUAAAGACUCUGGCCAUUUUUGUAAAGUUAAAUGCAAAGAUUCCAAAAUUUGCUCUAUCUCACAAUGAUAAAGAAUCCUUCAAAAAAUUCCUGGAUCCAGAAGGCGAUCUGGAUCACCACCAAAAGGUAAUGGGAUCCUCCUGGGGCUGAGACGCACCUCUGGUGAAAAUUUCAGGUCAAUCCGUCUGUAACUUUCUCCAUAAAGUUGUUCACAGACAAACCAACAAACCAACGCUACCGAAAACAUAACCUCCUUGGUGGAGGUAAUAAGGCUGUAACAUAACAAAAUGAAGUGAAGUGGUAUGAAUACUUUCUGGAUGCACUGUAUAUCCUGUAUCAACUGAAGUGAUGAAUCCCAGUCUCAAAGUCAACAAAUGUGCACUUGAAAGUGUUUGAUGUGGGUACACAUUCACAGAAAUGAACCAGCUCUGAAUAAAGUGAUAAAACGAUGAGCCGAUUGAAACUUUCUGUCUGCCUUUUCCUCAUCCUUAUUUCCCCCCUUUCAUUACAGGCGCUAUAAGUCAAAUACAGUGUGCGUUGUGAAAUGUCGAGGGGGGUCUCUGGUAUCACAUGACCCCCCAAGUGAAAUGCCAGAGGAGGGAUUCAUGACAGGACUCACUGUGACUGACAGAGAGACAGGGAAGAGUGUGACUAUCCCUCUAUCAGCCAUGGAAACAGAAAUGGGUACAUAUUUUUCCAGUAUGCAAAAAUCUUUGAAUGACUUUCUCAGUGGAAAUGCAUUCAUUGAACCUGAUUUAACUCAACAGGGAACUCCACCUCCUUUAACCUGGACCUGAUCACCUCAGAUCAGUACACGCAGGCAUACUUGGACCGUCUGUUCUCUGAUAAAGGACCCUUGGCAGAGCUGGAGGACUACUUUUUGAAGGCCAGGGACAAUCUGAGAACUCUCAAAACUAAAUCAGCAUAUCCAAAUAAGACAGAGGUGGGCGAUGGGAUGGUGCAAAGUGAUGGGCAGAAAGAUCAAACACAAAGAGAGAAUGGAGUUGAAGAAAAGAAGGAAGCAACAAGAAGACGAGGAGAGAUGGAGGAAUGUAAGGAGAGAGCUGAUGAUCUGAAGCUGAGUAUUGUGGAGACACAGCAAGAUGAGAGCCUCAGUCACAGUCUAGACACUUCAACAAACACCUGACCUGGGAGAAGUAAUCAGAAGUGUCAGAAAAACAUAAUCAGCAGCUCAGCUGAGGUGAAUGAAAAAUAAAUGUGUGGUUUCUUUAUUUAGUGUUUAAAACUUGAUAUUGAAUUGAAGCUGGAUGGCUGUUUUUCUUUUUUGUCUGCAUCACACUUUUCUGCAUUAGUGACACCAGCACAAGCCAAAUAAUAGUUUUGAGUUUAUCUUGAAUUUAUCUAGGUCUGCUUCAGUAUAAGUAGCAUAUGUAUGUCCAGUAUGUGAAUUAUUUUCAAUGGACUCAUCAUCCCCUACGACACACCUGAUUAUGAGCUAGUAAGACAUAUUCUCUGGAGACCUCCUUUGAAAAUAUAAAUGAUACCAGCACGUGAAGGCUGACUUCAAAUUUGAUGAGCCAUAUAAGCUCUGUUCUCACAGUUCAGAAGCAAUGUAGCCAUGGCAAAACAUGUUUCCAUGGUUACUGAUUGCUGCUGUCUUUGAUAUUUCUGUAUUUUGGAGCUGCUGGAGUGUCACUGUCUGCUUAUAAAUGUUAACUCAAGCCUGGAAUGAAGGAAACUUAUUUAUGGCACAGUAAUCUAAUAAACACACCCAAAUGACUUUGCAAAAGUUGUCUGUUUUUUGACUUUACAUGGCAGAAAAUUGACUCAAAUCACUCUGCUGUGGCAUACUUUCUGAGGUCACAAGCACAAUAAAACCCAUCCCCCCAUGUAUGUGAAAAGGAGUGCAUGAUGAAAAACAUGGACACAGGAGACAGUACUUUCCAUUAAGAGUUUCUCACUCAGCAAAGGUUAGAAAGAUGCUUUUGCUCUCACGUUUGAAGGUGUGUGAUGCAGCAGGUGAGUGGGCAGCACAGGAACUAGCUCUUAUGUGUUGGAGCUGACAGUGCUGUGUGAAUGUCAAGCCGGAGAAGGAGAGUGUGUGUGGGAGUGUUGGCGAGAGCGUGUGAGAAAGAAUUUUGAGAGACUUAUUGUAUGUAUGAGUUGGUCUGGAUCAGAGAAGAAGGAUGAUUAGGUGUGCAGAGGUAAGUAUGUGAGAAAAAGAAAAUUGCCAAAAAUGGAAGACAAAUUACAUGUGUGAGUGUCUGUAGCUGUGUGUACAUUUUAAAUACAUCUUGCAUAUUGCAGAGGAAAUCGUAAAGCAAAAGGCCACAGCAAUUGAAACAGGAGUAAAUGUGGUAAUGCAAAAAUGUAUGCUUUGAGACAGGAAACAUUGGAGAUGGUAGGGAUAACUACCACCAAAUCAUAGGGGAAAGUGGGGUUAUGAUCCUAUGACUAGUGCAGUUCAAUGAACUGCAGCCUCUGUUCAUGGCACGAACUAUCAUCCAGCUGCAGCCCCAGAGUCAAGCCAUCAUGUGCCAAAGCCAAUGACGUGCCCAAAAUGCUGCUGGUGUGAUGGAAAGGCAGACGUACAAUUUAUUUGCUGUACAUAAUGCUUUUUAAAAUUGAUCCUUGAAUUACUAAAAAAUAUUAACUUAUAAUCCGGAGAAAUGAUGCAGUAUUUCUAAAAGUUUAUGUUAUUAUUAUUAUCAAGACAUCAACAGGUUUAUCUUGUUUUUCCUUUAGGGAUGUAGAGGAGGUUUAGAAUGUGUACUGUUUUGCACUGCUAUUAUGAACCAUGAUUUAUACAGUUGCAAUUAAAAUUAUUCAUCAAAAAUUAGGUUUACUGGCAACCUGUAUAUUUAUACACUACAAGCCAAAAGUUUGGAAGCAAGAUCA